GGGUCGUAAAUAGGCUCAAUUGCGUCCUGCGACAAACCCUAACCGAACUAAAUUUAGCUCUCGCUCUCCUCGUUCGAUCGAUAACUCGUUUCUUUCUUGUUUCCGCUCUUCUCCUCUCAACCUCUAUUUUACACAUCUUUAUCUGGAUGUAGGAUCGGGCAAAUGGACAAUGCUGCUGUUCCUCUAGUAAAUUCGUGUUCGGAUAAGAGCUCAAAACAUCCAGAGCAAGAUUGUAAGUUAGAAUGUGCGAUUCAAGAAUCUGCGGAGCUUGGUCGCGUCAACGAAGGGAAACACGCUAAAGAAGCUGAGCUCGGCAAGAAAGUUGCAUCUGGAUCUGAAAAAGCCGACAUGAGUGCAAGAAAGAACUCCAAGAAAGCAGUACGGAAGCGUAAGAAACUUUCUCAAAAGAUCCAAGGUAGAAGAUAUCCUUUGCGAUCUUCUAUGGAUGGUGUUAGAGUUCUUCGAUCUAUGUUGAAUGGGAAAAGCGAGACUCACGUUGAAACACCGAGUUCUUCCGUAAAUCCGGUAGUAAAGAGGAGAGCGAAGAGGGGGAGAGCAAAGAGAGCUUCAAACGACGAGUUAUCGAGAACGAGGAAGAGAAUAAGAUACUUGCUGACGCGAAUGAACUACGAGCAGAACUUGAUUGAUGCUUAUUCUGGCGAAGGAUGGAAAGGACAAAGCUUGGAGAAGAUUAGACCUGAGAAAGAGCUUGAACGAGCUAAGAGUGAAAUACUUCGGUGUAAGCUGAGAUUACGCGAUACAUUUAAGCAUCUAGAUACGUUAAUCUCUGAGGGAAAGUUCGACGAGUCUUUAUUCGAUUCAGAGGGAGAAAUUUCCAGUGAGGAUAUAUUUUGUGCCAAAUGUGGUUCAAAGGAUGUAUCUGUUAAUAAUGAUAUCAUCCUUUGUGAUGGAGCGUGUGAAAGAGGGUUUCAUCAGAAGUGCUUGAAUCCGCCAUUACUAACUGAAAAUAUACCUCCAGGGGAUGAAGGGUGGUUGUGCCCAGCAUGCGAUUGCAAGGUAGAUUGUAUUGACUUACUUAACGAAUCUCAAGGAAGUGAUCUCACAAUUGAGGACUCAUGGGAGAAAGUUUUUCCUGAGGCAGCUGCUAUUGCCAAUGGUACUGCAAAUUAUGAUAUGUCCAAUUUACCUUCAGAUGAUUCAGAGGACAGUGAUUAUGAUCCAAGCAACCCUAAAACUCACUCAGAUGACGACAAAGAAGAAGAAGAAGAAUCGAGUUCUGCAGAUGAAUCAGAUUUCACUGCCUCAUCUGAGGGUUCAGGCCCUUCGAACCCUAAUCCUAACAAGCAAUAUGAUUACACGGGAUUACCUUCUGAUGAUUCAGAGGAUGACGAUUAUGAUCCCGAUUGUCCAGAUCCAGAUAAAGACAGCCAGAAAGAGGAAUCAAAUUCAGAUGAAUCGGAUUUUACUUCUGACUCGGAUGAAUUUUGUUCUGAGAUUGUCAAAGCUUCAGUUGGUGAUGAAGUUUCAGCACUUCCCAACGAUAAGCCAUUCGACCAUCAUGGUGAGCAAAGAUCUAUAAUGGAACCCGAGCUGGGCCAGGGGAGUCCUUUACCAAAUCCAGGGAAAAGACAGCGUGAGCAUUUAGACUACAAGAAGCUAUAUGAUGAGGCCUAUGGUGAAGCAUCUUCAGAUUCAAGUGAAGAUGAAGAUUGGUCAGAAAAGAGUAUCCUGAAGAAAGGAAGAAAAGAUGACGGAGAAGACUCGGUUGAAUCUCCUCAAUCAACUGAGAAUCAGAAAAGGUCUAGGAGGGUUAAGGGCAAGCAAAAAGAGGAUAGAUCAGAUUUAAGUGCUCCCUCCCGAGAAAGGCAAUAUGGUCGAGUAUUCUCUCAGAAACUUGUCGAAUCUUUUGAAGCAAAUCAAUAUCCUACCCGUGAGGAAAAGGAAAGUCUGGCACAAGAAUUAGGGCUGACAUUUCGUCAGGUUAGCAAAUGGUUUGAGAAUGCACGUCACAGCUUUAAAGUUUCUGGCAAAGAACCCUCCUUUACCGAUCCUGCUAACAGUGGAGCUUUUAUCAUUCCGAACCAGAAAAUUACCAGUGGAAGAGGAAGAAAAGUCUUCGAGUCCAAUGAGGAAAUACCAGAGAAUUCAACUAGUUAUCCUGAUACACCUAUUUCUUCUGAUAGAGGUGCAACAUGUGAAACUGGAUCGAACAAUGGCAUAAAAAAUGAUUGCAGAAGUUCUAGAGAAUUUGCGAACAGCAGCAGGCAAAAGGCAAUAGCACGUGAACUGAGGAAGUUAAAAAGUGGUAGGUAAUGGUUGAAGGCCAUUAAUCUAGGCCCAAGAUGUUAUGAAAUGAGUGGAUUGUACUCGACCAGGAGAUCUCAUGGUGCAGUCAUUCAAUAUUCCACUGUACGUAUUUGGAAACUUUGUAUUUUUGUCCCCAAAGAGGUUUCAUUUGGCUGCAUGGAACUAAGAAAUGAAAGUUGUAGCCUUCACAUAGUGUACCGGUUACAAAGUUUUCCAAGUCAAACUUGCAAUAUAAACUGCACAACAAUGUAACAGCUAGAAUGAUUCUUAGUAGAGUUUUUCCUCUAUAUGAGUUUAUUAUAAAAUUAGUGGGCAGUAAUUUUAUUUUUAA